GAAGCCCAAUGAAAGAAAUCGAGUGAGUUGGGCCCAUUUUACGACAAAAGAAAACCCAUAUAAAACAAUAAUCACUCUCCAUCCCUAACAAGAAGUAGGGUUUUCAUCACAAAGGCAGCCGCUUCUUCUUCUUCAACAUCUCACCGGAAACCUACACUCAAUCUCGCAAACAUGGGAAAGACACAUGGAAUGGGAGCCGGUCGAAAGUUGAAGUCCCACCGCAGGAGGCAAAGGUGGGCCGACAAGUCAUACAAGAAAUCCCAUCUUGGUAACGAGUGGAAGAAACCUUUUGCUGGUUCUUCUCAUGCUAAGGGCAUUGUUCUUGAAAAAAUUGGUAUUGAAGCCAAGCAGCCUAACUCUGCUAUUAGAAAGUGUGCCAGAGUUCAACUCAUCAAGAACGGCAAGAAGAUUGCCGCUUUUGUUCCUAACGAUGGUUGCUUGAACUACAUCGAAGAAAAUGACGAAGUUUUGAUCGCUGGAUUUGGGCGAAAGGGUCAUGCCGUUGGUGAUAUUCCCGGAGUAAGGUUCAAGGUGGUUAAGGUUUCUGGUGUUUCUCUUUUGGCUCUCUUCAAGGAGAAGAAGGAAAAGCCAAGAUCUUAAAUUAUAAAAGGGUUAUUUUUUUUGAUGAUUUUGAAAUGUUUGUUAAGGAGUUUUGAUUUGUUAUCUUAAACAUGUAGUUUGUUAAAAGUUAUUUUGUUCCCCAACUUUAUUUACUAUAUUCACUGUUCUUGAUCCAAGAAGUUUUAGUGUC